AUGUCAAAUCCUGAACCUGAGAAGAUGAUAAAAGAUCAAGUUGAUUAUGAUCAAGUAUUCGGCGCCCUUGAAAAGAUUCGCGGUAGAAUUCCAGAGUACAGUGAUGCAAUAGCUUUUUUAGACGAAAAAAACAUAAACAAAGACAAUACUUUACGAUUUAUUAGUUGGUUGAUUGCAUUUGGAAUAAUUGAUGAUGAAAAUACGCGUGCAGACAAGCUAUUUCGAAAAUUUCAAGAUUAUACUAACAUGAUAAACGAGGAAUUCAACGGCAAAAUUGAUGAUCCUCUCUCUUGUUUAGAAAGUACUAAAGCAGCAUACGUUAUUAAAGCUGAUGUUGAUAGAAGUAUUGGAAUGUUUAAUAAAAUGGCUGACCAACUCAAAAUUUCUGUAUAUAGUACAAAAUAUGCCCAUCAGCAUGCUAUUCGUAUACUAGCCUUACUCACAGUUAAAUUCCAUGAUUUAUCCUACACUCAAGGAUUCGAUCGUUACAUUCUAACAUGUUAUUUAUUAGCACUUGAUUUUACUUCACAGAAUUGUUUGCCACCGACAUUUGCUGAAGCAAUGACAUAUUACCUAGCACCUGUAUUUAUGAGAAUGGCUAACAUUCAUCGAUUUAUUGAUGAUUUAGCAAAUACAACAGAAUAUUUUGAUCAUUUAGAUAAAUUAGUUGCUGCAAAAUAUCCAGAACUCGCUAGUAUUCUUGAAAGAUGCGGUCAUGGCUCAAUUCAUUACGCUUUACGAUGGCAAUUACUUUUAUUUGCUGAUGAGUAUAAUGCGAGAAGUCUUUUCUUGAUUUGGGAUGCAAUUACAGUCAACAGAGGCAACUUUGAUGACUUUGUUACCAAUCUAUGCAUUGCACACGUUCUUCAGAUUCCAUUACCGAAACCAAAUGAAAUUUUGAUCGAAAAAAUACAAACUUACAGAGACUGGAAUGUUGUUCAAGCACUAAAUACAACGUAUUCGCUGAUGCAUCCUAAAUCAGAAACAAUUUUCAACAACAAGACUUUGUAUCUUACUGCUGGUGCCGCCGCACUUGCUCUGUUAUAUUUCUUUAUGAGAUAA